GUUGCACAUGUACACACUGCAAAGUUGUGAAGCGCUAGCUAACAGUGUGCCGAUAUGGCGGAGAACACCUUGACAGUGACAGUUGCUUAUGGCACAACCAAACACAGCAUCACUUUAACAGGUCAAGAUGGACAUGAACCACUGUUAAAGGAUUUGUGUGAGGCGCUGACAGAAGCCACAGGAGUACCAGCACCAUCCCAGAAAAUCAUAUUUAAAGGGAAGUCAUUGAAGGAAAUGGAGGAGCCGCUAUCUGGCUUUGGAAUAAAGCAGGGUUGUAAAAUGAUGAUGAUUGGAAAGAGGAACAGCCCUGAGGAGGAAGCUGAGCUUAAAAAACUUAAAGACAUUGAAAAGUCAGUGGAACAAACCGCUAAGAAGCUUGAGAAGGUGGACGGGGAACUCACUGGACUGAAGAAUGGAUUUCUUGCGAAGGAGUUGCAGGCUGAGGCGCUAAACAAACUGGACCAAAGAGUGAAAGUUGCUGCCGAACAAUUCAUGAAGAUCCUUGAGGAAAUAGAUGGAAUGAGCUUGCCUGAGAGUUUUAGCGAUUGCAGGAUGAAGAAAAAGGGACUUGUGAAAACUGUUCAGGGGUACUUAGCGCAGUGUGACAAAGUUGAAGCUGGAAUAUCAGAUCACCUGGCCAAGAUCCAGACAAAAAACUUAGCCUUAGCAGAGUGAUGGUGAACAAAGACCGGAGGCAUCAGCAGUAAAUGUUGCUGCUCUGUGGGCGACUGAAAAUUCUCACUGAGAGCUUUGGCACUGGAGGUGGUCCUGCAGUUCAUCUAAACCCCAUGACCCACACACGCACCUCUCAUACAGAGAACAACGGGCGGCAUUUCAGACAUUUUCUUAUCAGUUUAGAUCUUUCACAGUAAAUAUUGGAAACACUUAUGGCUUAUGACAGGUUUAAUGAUGGAUGAGUUUCAAAAAUCUAGACCACACUUUUUGGCCUUUUAACUUUGUUACCUAGCUUAAGUUUGACAGAUAUUUGGAUUCAUAGUCGUAUUACUUUGGUCAAAUGAAGAAAACAAAGAAUAAUAAUGGUGCUGGAAGAAUGUCCUUUCAUGAUUUCAUUAAAUGAUGUAAUUCAAUACAUAACUCACCCUGGUGUGAAACUUUUAGAUUAAAAAACUUAUUCUAUUUAUUAAAAGGGUGGAAUUGUUCAAAGCAAAGGAGUGUAGCUUGAUAGUCCUCGUUUUAUUUUAUCAUUAUUAAAUCUCAGGGUGCUUCAAACCACUGGUGGUUUUCUCCAUCGAUUUAUGUCUCCAAUGUUGUUCUGAAGUAAUUGAGAGAAAUUAAACAUUUGAAGACA